CUGUGGCUCACCAGAAAAACCCAGAGAAUCCAGAUUGUGACCUCAAGAUUAGUUCCUACAAGGACAAUGAUAGCUCUACACAAUAUGGAAUCAUUCAGGAAGAAAAUACUGAUAUCAGUGACAAUAAUCGCUUCCAUAUUUCAGUUCAGCGUGAGCUACAGUUUCAGGAAUUGCAUAGAACGUUAUCGCUCUUCCCAUAGAAACUUCACCUGCAUCAAUCGCCCUGAGCAGACAGUUAAUGCGAUUGUGGGAGACAUACCAGCAUCUGCAACUACGCUCACAAUCUCUGACUGCACACUUGUAAACAUUCCUCCUCAAAGCUUCAUUAACCUGACAAAUCUCAGGAGCUUGGAACUAACCAACAAUCGCAUGAGUUACAUCCACGAAGGUGCCUUUGCUAAACUAGGAUAUCUUCUCACACUGAAUUUGUCAAGAAAUCACAUGGUUUAUCUCAACUCUUCAAUUUUCCAUGACCUUCAGAACCUGAGCACUUUAAUUCUGGCAGAGAACAAACUAAAAAAUAUAUCUUCUGACGCUUUUUCUAGUUUGUCAAAAUUACGGUUUCUGGAUUUGCGUAAGAACGAGUUAAUGAACUUCUCAGCUGUGGUUCAAUCUAUAUCAAACCUGAAAAAUUUGGAGAGCCUGGAUAUUUCCUCCAACAAUCUUAUCACUUUGUAUCACUCAGACAGACUGCCACAGUCACUUUCCCGUCUUUAUCUUGGUAAUAACAAGCUGACCACACUGGAAUGCAGGAAUGACUCUUUAAGUAGUGUCAAAGUGUUGGAUCUCUCUUAUAAUACAGGGUUGUUAAACCAGGCUUUCAUUGGUCUGAAUCUGAGCAAUUUGACAUUACUCAGUCUGCGUUUCACCAACAUUUCAAUAGUAACACUUCUUAAUCAAACUAAAGGGAUGAUGACAUGGUAUAUAGACUUCUCAGGUUUGGGACUAACAGAACCCCAAAUGGUAGUUUCAUUGUGCAAACAACUGUCAUACUAUCCAAAUAAAUAUAUUAAAAAAAUGCACCUUCAGAAAAAUAAGCUACAAGGUCUGAAUAAUAAGACAUUAUCUGACUGCCCUUAUAUCACUGAUGUUUUGGACCUUUCAUUUAAUGAGCUGAAGAACACAAACUGUUUGCAAUUCCUUGAAGGACAAAAAAAUCUUAAAAAACUUAUAGUUGAACAUAACCACUUUACCAGUCUAAUAAAUUGUAAAAAUCACACAGAAUUUUCCCACUUGAAAGAACUAAGCUACCGCUACAAUCGCAUUCUUCAAGUAAGUUCUUUUGCCUUCAAUCAUGCACCAAAACUAACAAUUCUUAAACUGAAUAUAAACAUAAUUGCCUACUUGGAUCACAAAGCACUGAAUGGACUUGAAAACCUUAUUGAACUUCGACUGGAUAACAACCUUCUGACUGAUCUCUACAACGACAGCUUUGAGGACCUUCAUAGUCUUCAGACACUCAAUUUACGUAAUAACCAAAUUUCGGUCAUCUUCAACAACACUUUUUACUCCCUCAGAAAUCUGAGCAUUUUAGAUCUAGGUGGGAACAAGAUAGCACAUUUAAUGCCACUGGCCUUUGAAGGGCUAGACAGCUUAAAAAAUCUUUACUUGGACCGCAAUCGUCUGGGAAAAAUUGAUGGUCAGUUGAUUGGAAGCCUGCAUCGCACAUUGCAAGUGUUAGAUUUACAAGGCAAUUUCAUCCGCUACCAGACCGAUUAUGCACACUCCCCAUUUGUAAAUCUUACAAAACUGACUGACCUUAAGUUAGAUGGACAAAGGCCAUAUGGUAUAACUUUAUUACCUCACGCAUUUUUUCGUGGUCUCACUUCACUAAAAAGACUUUACCUUACCAACAAUCGUAUCUCUUCUCUCAGCAGUGACACAUUUGACGACCUAAAAAACUUAACAUUUUUAACCUUAGAUGAUUCAUGUGUUGGCGUUGCCCAACUUAAGCCAGGAAUUUUUAAAAAUCUUCACAAGCUGGAGAUUUUAACAGCUGAAAACAUGGGCAUUGGGUCUUUCUCAAGAGACGUGUUUGGUAAUCUUACAGGAUUGGAAAAAUUGAAUCUUAACAAAAAUACAAUGCAGACAUUGGAUGUAGACUUGCUGGAAAAUUUGACUCAUCUACAGUAUCUAGAUGUUAGAGGGACACCUCUCAGUUGCAAAUGUCCUAAUAGCGAGCUCCAAAAUUGGACGAAAAACCAAAGAGUACAGAUUGUAUAUCUUUAUAACCUGACCUGUCCAGAUGUCAAAGGAUCAUACUUUUACAACUUUGACACCCAUGUAUGUUCAGACUUUGGAGUGUAUUGGUUUGCCUCCACCUAUGUUGUAACAUUGGUCCUAACAUUACUUCCACUACUUUAUGUCAAGCUCUAUUGGAAAUUUAAAUAUGGCUACUACGUUUUUCGCUCUUGGUUUGGCGGGCAGUGGCGUCGUCUUCGGGAAGAGGAAGAGAAAUGCACAUAUGAUGCUUUCAUCUCCUACAACUCAGCAGAUGAGGAAUGGGUGAUGGAGCAGCUUCUCCCAAAUCUUGAAGGGAGUGGGUUCCGACUUUGCCUCCACCACCGGGACUUUGAACCAGGCCGCAACAUAGUGGACAACAUUGUGGCAGCCGUAUACAACAGCCGCAAGACAGUGUGUGUGGUCAGCCAAAACUUUCUCCGCAGUGAAUGGUGCUCUCUGGAGAUCCAACUGGCCAGCUACCGUCUUUUUGAUGAGAUGCAGGAUGUGCUCUUACUUGUUUUUUUGGAGUACAUCCAUGAGCGCCAAUUGUCUGCCUAUCACCGUAUGAGAAAGGUUAUGUUGAAAAAGACUUAUAUACAGUGGCCAGGGGUGGACUGCACAGAUCCCAACAAGGCCCGUGAACUGUUCUGGAGGCAGCUUAAGAGAGCUUUAAGGAGCAGCAACAGUAGAAGCCAAGACGAAGAACAGGUGGAGGAGAAUGAUCAGAACAAGCAGCAGCAAGAUGACCAGGCCCAAAUCAAUGACGAGCCAUAUUACCUAAUGCCCUAA